UCAAGUUCAAAUUUGACAGACGUCAAAAUCGUAAAGUGAGUGGGCACAAUUUUGAAGUCGUCCUUAAACCAAUCGAAUUCCGGAAUGGCAUCUGCACAAGCAAAUCCCCCAGCGGUCGAGGAGCGGCUGAAGGCGCUGACCAACUACCGCACCAAGCUCCUGGAACACCGCGAGAUCGAGUCCAAUUUGAAGGCUUUGCGGGACAAGCACAGGGUCGUGAAUGCCCAGUACGAGAAGUCCGAGGAGGACCUGAAGGCCCUCCAGAGUGUGGGUCAGAUGCUCGGGGAAAUCCUGAAGCAGCUGACCCCGGAUAACUUCAUCGUGAAGGCUUCGAAUGGACCGCGCUAUGUGGUCGGGUGUCGCCGGCAGAUAAACAAGGAGAAGCUGAAGGCCGGCACUCGGGUUGCCCUGGAUGUGACCACUUUAACCAUUAUGCGCUAUUUGCCGAGGGAGGUGGAUCCCCUGGUGUACAACAUGACCCAUGAGGAUCCAGGCAAUGUAAACUACGCUGAGAUCGGUGGACUUGGUCAGCAAAUCCGUGAGCUUCGCGAGGUCAUUGAACUGCCGCUGCUGAAUCCAGAAAUAUUCCUGCGCGUCGGCAUCAAUCCGCCCAAGGGAUGCCUGCUCUACGGACCACCUGGCACCGGAAAAACUCUCCUGGCGCGCGCCAUCGCCUCCCAGAUGGACGCCAACUUCCUGAAGGUCGUUUCCUCUGCAAUCGUGGACAAGUACAUUGGCGAGAGUGCCCGCCUGAUCCGGGAGAUGUUUGCCUACGCCCGUGACCACCAGCCGUGUAUUAUUUUCAUGGACGAGAUUGACGCAAUCGGAGGACGUCGCUUCUCGGAGGGCACUUCCGCCGACCGAGAGAUCCAGCGCACACUGAUGGAACUGCUUAACCAGAUGGAUGGAUUCGAUGCCCUGGGCCAGGUGAAAAUGAUCAUGGCCACCAAUCGGCCGGAUACCCUGGAUCCUGCUCUGCUGCGUCCUGGGCGACUUGAUCGCAAGCUGGAAAUUCCGCUGCCCAACGAAGUGGCUCGCAUGGACAUCCUCAAGAUUCACGCCGGACCAUUGGCCAAACGCGGCGAAAUUGACUAUGAGGCGGUGGUUAAGCUCUCCGACAUGUUCAAUGGUGCCGAUCUGCGGAACAUUUGCACGGAAGCCGGACUUUUUGCCCUACGCUGCGAUAGGGAGUUCGUCAUUCAAGAGGAUUUUAUGAAGGCCGUUCGCAAAAUAGCGGACAACAAGAAGCUGGAGUCGCGUCUGGACUACAAGCCCAUUUAGGAACCAAUGAGAUAGGCAUUGGCAUCCUGAGGUGUUUGUAAGAA